AAAUACGUUACACGGACCGUUAAAUUUUCGUUAUAUCAAGGAAACAAAAAGAAGACCAAGGGAAACAUCACUGUACUCCACUUAAGAAGGGGACAAAGUACGUACGAAUAACCUAUCGACGAUCAUACAUCCUGGGAAACCGCGAUCCCGAACGAACUCCUGCGUUCCAUCGAAAAUUCCGUUCGUUCGAUUCUCAGAGCGCACACAGGUAUUCGUGGCUGUGGCCGUGCACGUGCGCAAGAGCGGCCUAUCAGGGAAGUGAGAGGGGAAGGUUAUCGACGGCGCCUCGGAGAGCGAAGCGAGAAAGAGAGAGAGAGAGAGAAAGGAGGAAAGAGAACCGAGAGACGUUGAAGAAAGAGAAAAACUAAAGGAGAUAGUUCAGCCAGGUAAGAGAAGCUGUGUAGGUGUAGCCGGGCGAGUUCGUAUGGUGUUGCGGCGUACACUGUGCGAUGGUGUAGACCGCGUGCCGGGAUACGCUGGUGCACGGUGGUGGGGAGGAAACGUGAAUGAUCCAUAGAAGCUGUGUCCCUGUGUGGAUCGUCUACGGUAGCAUGUGUUGGUCUAUGGAGAGUAAUGUACCGACGGAAGGGAACGGGAUGGUAGUGGAACGGUGGGAAACAUCAAAGAGAUGGUAGGGAUACGGCCGGGCAGAGCGGUGGGGUGCGGGUAGAGGUUCGGCUUCGGAAAUGGCCGCGGGAAAGUAGAGAGCGUUACGUCGUCCGGCAGGGCAGGCAGGCAGGCGAGCCAAAAGUUUUUCGAGUGCAGCGCUCGUUAACCCGGCGCUUCGGGCGUGCGAUUCACCGGACCAGGGAGACUCGAACACCACGGUUGCGAUGUUUUGAGUAAACUAUCGAGGCUUGGACCGAACAGGGAGGAAUUAUCUAGCCGGCAGUGCAGUCGGUGUCAGUGGCUGGGAAGAGAGACCAGUGCGGGCGGCGGUACACGAGGAUGGCCGGCGACGACGGUGCACCACCGAACAAUGAGAUCCUCGGUGCGGACGGAGAGGGGCAGGGUGCGUCAGCGCGGGGGGAACCGCAUUCCAGAGUGGGCGGCAUCCUGGAAUGCGAUCCCCCCGGUAACAGGAAUUCGCCGAGCGAGCGAGCCUGCAACGAGCACGACGACGGAAGCGGUGAAACUGUGAUUGCCAACGACGAUUGUAACAACACCGCCGAAGCCGUUGGGACCGCCGUAAUUGCCGACGACAACGGCGGCCUGUGCCGAUAUGCUAUCGGCACCGCCAAUACCGCUAUGUCUUUCAUCGAGGUUUGCCAGAUCCGACUGCAGCAUCUUUUCCCGCAAUUAGUUUCGUCCUCACAGCGGUACAGCCUCUGCGAGGACUCCAUCGAACUGACAGCGGAAUGUUUGGCCAACGACGUGAUACGAUAUCUGCUCAAGGAAGAUAUUUAUCUUAUAUCGCGAGACCCCGUGUCACGUAGCAUGAGACACAAUGUGUAUCAGAUGCUGAACAAACAUAGUAUCUUAUUCGCGAGCAUGGUGAACCGUUUGAAUGUUAUGCCGGACACGGCGUACGAGGCGUUCAUGGGAGUCGCGGAUGAGCUGUUUUUGCACGGCGGCGUUACAUGGCCGAGAAUCGUCUGCUUGUACGCGUUUAUGGGAAGGCUUGCACUGUGGGCCCGCGACAGGCGAAUGCACAACCUGAAGAAAAAAUUACCGCUGUUCGUCUCCAGAUUCAUUAGCGAGAAAGUUGCACAUUUUAUUAAAGGAUACGGAGGAUGGGAUCAGCUGUGUAUAGAAUAUCCUGUGGCAGAAGAGAUUAGCGGAGCUAUAUGGAGGAGUCUUCUGAUGACUGGUGCAACCCUUGGUUUGGUUGCAACUAUUUUAACUGUAACUUCCUGAUAUACCCUUACAAAUCAAGCCUCACAGGGUAUGUUUUCCACAAGACCUUUUAGCGUACUUAUAUUCUACCAAAAUGCGCUGAGAAACAAUUUCCAAGAGUUUGUAAAACGCUCUUACAUUGGUAAUGAACAUGCAAUUGUGUGAUCGGAAAGCUGAAUGUAUUAUGUCUUUGUAACGGAUGCAGGAUAUGAAUUUAUCAUCUUCUUCUUGUAGCACACACACACAAUCUUCAUAUCAAUGUCACGUUCGUUUAGAAAACAUCCUACUUUUUAUGUAACUACAACAAAUAUGUAGCAUAAGAGAAGGAUAACUAUACAAGUUCCCUAUUAUAUUCAUAUUUUGUACUAAUUGCAGCUCGACGGAGUAGUUAAAUUAGUAUACAGAAAUCUUAUUUAAUGUUAAUCUAGGCAUUUUAUAUCAAAAUAAUUUCAUACGAUACUCAAAAUUAACCUUUCAGAUAUUUAUAUUAAACAAGAUUCUCAAAAUUUUAUUGAAUUUAGGUA